GGCGGUGCGGGGCGGUGCUGCCCGCCCACCGCAGGCGGCCGGGAGACACCGGCGCCGCGACAGGGCGGGAGAAGAGCGGCCGGGCCGGGGGGCAGCGCCAUGGCAGAGAAAUGCGACGUGGUGGUGGUCGGGGGCGGCAUCUCAGGUCUCUCAGCAGCCAAACUGCUGACUGAGUCGGGCUUGAACGUGGUGCUGCUGGAAGCCAAUGACAGAGUUGGAGGAAGAACUUUCACCGUAAGGAAUAAGCAAGUUAAGUAUGUGGACCUUGGAGGAGCCUAUGUGGGGCCAACACAAAAUCGUCUCCUGCGGUUGUCUAAAGAGUUGGGAAUAGAGACAUAUAAAGUGAAUGAAGUUGAGCACCUGAUACACCAUGUCAAGGGUAAGUCUUACCCCUUCAAAGGUGCAUUCCCUCCUCUGUGGAAUCCUUUGGCCUACCUGGACUACAACAACCUGUGGAGGACCAUGGAUGAAAUGGGAAAGGAGAUUCCUAAUGAAGCCCCGUGGAAGGCUCCACGUGCAGAAGAAUGGGACAAAAUGACUAUGCAAGAUUUCAUAGAUAAAAUUUGCUGGACAAAUGCUGCCAAGAGUUUUGCAACUCUGUUUGUGAACGUGGAUGUCACUUCUGAACCCCAUGAGGUCUCUGCCCUCUGGUUUUUGUGGUAUGUGAAGCAGUGUGGGGGGACAGCCAGGAUCUUCUCAACAACCAAUGGAGGGCAGGAGAGAAAGUUUGUUGGAGGCUCUGGACAGAUCAGUGAGAAAAUAAUGGAGCGCCUGGGAAGCCGAGUGAAGCUGAGGAAGCCAGUAGUCCGCAUUGACCAGUCGGGUGAAAAUGUCGUAGUGGAAACCUUAGAUCAUGAAUUAUAUGAGGGCAAAUAUGUGAUCAGUGCCAUUCCCCCAGCUCUUGGUUUGAAGAUUCAUUUCAACCCACCUUUGCCCCCAAUGAGAAACCAGCUCAUCAAUCGAAUCCCAAUGGGCUCAGUCAUCAAAUGCAUCGUGUACUACAAGGAAACCUUCUGGAGGAAGAAGGGGUAUUGCGGUACCAUGAUGAUUGAAGAUGAGGAUGCUGCAAUUGGCUUAACACUUGAUGAUACUAAGCCUGAUGGUAGCUUUCCUGCCAUAAUAGGUUUCAUUCUUGCUCGGAAGUGUAGAAGACUGACAAAUCUCACAAAAGAAGAAAGGAAGGUGAGGCUGUGUGAGCUCUAUGCAAAGGUUCUGGGAUCAGAGGAAGCUUUACAUCCAGUACAUUAUGAAGAGAAGAACUGGUGUGAAGAGCAGUAUUCUGGAGGAUGCUACACAGCCUACUUCCCACCAGGCAUAAUGACUCAGUAUGGAAGGAUUCUUCGGCAGCCCAUUGGCAGGAUCUACUUUGCUGGCACAGAGACAGCCACAGAGUGGAGCGGAUACAUGGAGGGGGCCAUACAGGCUGGAGAAAGAGCAGCCAGAGAGAUACUGUUUGCUAUGAGGAAAAUCCCAGAAAGUGAAAUUUGGAAGCCAGAACCUGAAUCAGUUGAUGUUCCAGCUUUGCCCAUCACUACAACCUUUUGGGAGAGGAACUUGCCAUCUGUGCCAGGACUCCUAAAGCUGAUUGGAUUUUCCACUGUAUUCACCUCUGUGGCUGUGGCAGGGUUACUUGCCUACAAAAAAGGACUUCUGGUUCGAAACUGAAAAAGGUGCCAACACAAAGCCUCACAGUUUUGUUUUUCUCAGAGGUUUUUUUGGCAUGUACUUCCCUAUCUCCAAAAACAGAUCAGGACUGGGGAAGAGGAGAAAACUGUAGAAGAAGACACUAGAGUGGAGAGAUAAGUGGAGAUCCAUAUUCAAAAAGAGCCCUUUGAAUCCAGGCCUCCAUCUAGCAGUAACUUUUUUUGUUGUUGCAUUUCUAGGAAACCCUGCCAAGAAUUAUCACUUUGAGAUUUUUAUCCAGAUUUCAGAACACAGGUGACAAAAUGCCUUGAUAAAGCCUGUUUUGAUGAGUUUUCCAGUGUGGUUUACACUUCUGAACCAGGCCCUGAACUCCAAGUCUUCUUGGCACUUCAUCCCUAGCUGGAAACAAAGCAUUUCUGCCCUCCUGUGUGACUGAGAAAAGAAAUCCUUAACUUAAAGUGUAAUUGAUUAGUUCAUGCAAAUUGCUGCUAAGGACCUUUUUAAUGAUUUUUUUUUUCUCCCAGAUGUCCAGAGCCCAGGCAGCACUUAAAGAACAAGUCAGGCUACCAUCUGAAACGGCCAUAGGUUGUUAGUAUUUCCAAUGGCAUAUUUGUCAUUGCAAGUCACAUUCGUCAUUUGUCAGUGAGUUAAAAGACAAUGUUUUUACUGCCUCUGACAAAGGAGUUGCAAUUCAGGCUCCCUGGCUGUGUUCACACUGCCUGGAAUGGCAGAGCUCAUGUGUCUGAGUCUGUCACUGUAAGGGAUCAGGUCUUCUCUGACAGCAGGCUCCAGAGGACAGCCAGUGUGUAGAGCAGCAUGGCUGGUCAGGCUGUUGGGCCUGAGUGUGAACUGGGAACUUUGUGUAAAUGUGAUGAUACAGACAAAGCCUUCUGAACUUCUGUCACCUUGUCUGACAUCUCUUUGCCUCCAGGGUCCCCCUUUAGAUCCCUAAAGGGAGCUGCAAGAUAGCAAGUGAACAAAUUAACCUCUGCUUACCCCUGGAAGCUGUAGAGCUGUCCAUACAAACUGUUUUACCCCAUUUUCUUAUCUUCUUCCUUUCUUUCAUCUGCUUACAUUUAUACUUUGAACACCUUGAGGGUGUCUGUUGCCUAGUAGGGCACAACAGGCUUGGAAAUGUACCUUUAGCGUAGUAAAUAAUACCCUUAUCUGUCUCUCAACGCUUACUUCAUGCUGAACACAGCUCAGCUGAUUCAGAGCUCCAGUCUCUCCUAACAACCAUAUUGAUGUGAUUAGCACUUCCACUUCUGCCUGCUGUGUGGUGUUGUCCUGACUGUGCACUUUUGGUAA